UCCUCCGUUGACAUCAGAGCUGCGGGCGGGCGGGCUGGCGCUGGGAGCCGCCGCGCUCGAGCCCCGCGAGAGAGCGGGCGGCAGCGGCGAACGGCGGUGGGAGCUUGCGCCAGCACCUCGGCCCUCGCAGCCAGCCCCGCGGCUGGGCAGCCGCAGGAGCCCUGGCUGUGGCUGGGGGGCAGUGGGCCAUGCCGGGGGCAGUGGAUGGCCCCAGCUGGAAGCAGGCGGAGGACAUCCGGGACAUUUACGACUUCCGCGAUGUUCUGGGCACGGGAGCCUUCUCUGAGGUCAUCCUGGCAGAAGACAAAAGGACACAGAAGCUGGUGGCCAUCAAGUGCAUCGCCAAGAAGGCCUUGGAGGGCAAGGAGGGCAGCAUGGAGAACGAAAUUGCCGUCCUGCACAAGAUCAAGCACCCCAACAUUGUAGCCCUGGAUGACAUCUACGAGAGUGGGGGCCACCUCUACCUGGUCAUGCAGCUGGUGUCAGGUGGGGAGCUGUUUGACCGCAUCGUGGAGAAAGGCUUUUACACUGAGCGGGACGCCAGCCGCCUCAUCUUCCAGGUGCUGGAUGCAGUCAAGUACCUGCACGAGCUGGGCAUUGUGCACCGGGAUCUCAAGCCAGAGAACCUGCUGUACUAUAGUCUGGAUGAAGACUCCAAGAUAAUGAUUUCCGACUUUGGCCUCUCCAAGAUGGAGGACACAGGCAGUGUGCUAUCCACGGCCUGUGGGACACCAGGAUAUGUGGCCCCUGAGGUUCUGGCCCAGAAGCCCUACAGCAAGGCCGUGGACUGCUGGUCCAUCGGGGUCAUUGCCUAUAUCCUGCUCUGUGGCUACCCUCCCUUCUACGACGAGAAUGACGCCAAACUCUUCGAGCAAAUCCUGAAGGCCGAGUACGAGUUUGACUCUCCUUACUGGGACGACAUCUCCGACUCUGCCAAAGACUUCAUCCGGCACUUGAUGGAGAAGGACCCAGAGAAGCGGUUCACCUGUGAGCAGGCCUUGCAGCACCCGUGGAUCGCAGGAGACACAGCUCUAGACAAGAACAUCCACCAGUCAGUGAGCGAGCAGAUCAAGAAGAACUUUGCCAAGAGCAAGUGGAAGCAAGCCUUCAAUGCCACAGCUGUGGUGCGGCACAUGAGGCGGCUGCAGCUGGGCACCAGCCAGGAGGGCCAGGGGCAGCCAGCCAGCCACGGGGAGCUGCUGACCCCAGCCGCAGGGGGGCCGGGGGCCGGCUGCUGCUGCCGGGACUGCUGCGUGGAACCGGGCCCGGAGCUUCCACCCACGCUCCCCCCACAGCUGUAGGGCUGGGAUCUCCUGCCCCGGAGAGGUGGGGUAGCCUACUCUCCUUCCUUCCUGCCUGCCCCAGGCCCUGCCAUCCUCACCAUGUUUUCCAUACAAAUGUUUCUAUUUUAUUGUUCCUUCUUGUAAUAAAGGGAAGAAGAUAAAACCG